AGACAAUGAGGCUUAUGGCAGGUUAUUCUAGGACACCAGGAAAUCAGAUUUUCAAUUAGAGUUAGUCGCGUGCUCAAAGUUUGUCGUACAUGGACAAAGUGCAUACCUCCAGGUCGCCAUGCCCUUGCUAUAAGCAAUCUACCAUGAAGGAGAAGUAAUAUGCUUAUGCAAAGGAUGAAUGAGAAGUAGCAUGGUAGGAAUCACUCCUGUAAUACAGACAAUGAGAUUUAAAUACAUGGACAGACGGAUGGAAGGAUACCUCCUUGAAGCUGAGAUAUUGCAGGGAUACCAGAAAGACGCCUUGAGUGGGGGCGCAGUGGGGACUCGACGAAGCCAGCUGAACCGCAGAGGCGAGGAGCAGUGUAGGCACCACCAUGGGGAUCCAUUAAAGGAAUCAGGGGUGCCGUGGGGAUCCAUUCAGGGGAUUGGGACGGCAGCAGGAUCGCUCGCAGUAGGCAGCCAAAGAGGGGAGCAAGGUUGUUCCUUUUUUUUGAUUGGGGUGGGCCACGUGUCAGGUUAUGAGGAGUAUGACGUAUUGUGGGAUUACAGGAUUGCGAGGAUGAGCAGAGGAAAGUUUUCAGUGGCGGCUAUAACCCUUGAUGAUUAUCUUCCUAUGCGAAGUACUGAAGUGAAAAAUCGGACAUCGACAGCUGAUAUCACUAGCCUUAGAGUAGUUACAGCAAUCAAAACCCCUUAUCUGCCAGACGGAAGAUUCGAUCUUGAAGCAUAUGACGGACUGAUAAAUAUGCAGAUAGAAGGUGGUGCUGAAGGUGUAAUAGUUGGAGGAACAACAGGAGAAGGCCACCUUAUGAGCUGGGAUGAACACAUCAUGCUUAUUGGACAUACUGUUAACUGCUUUGGUACUAAAGUUAAAGUGGUUGGUAACACAGGAAGUAACUCAACAAGAGAGGCUAUUCAUGCAACAGAGCAGGGAUUUGCUGUUGGUAUGCAUGCGGCUCUCCACAUCAAUCCCUAUUAUGGGAAGACAUCUAUCGAGGGGUUGAUAUCUCAUUUUGAGGCUGUCCUCCCAAUGGGUCCAACCAUCAUUUACAAUGUGCCAUCCAGGACGGGCCAAGAUAUUCCCCCUGGAGUUAUUGAGGCAGUUUCAAGUUUUCCAAACUUGGCAGGUGUGAAAGAAUGUGUUGGGCAUGACAGGGUUAAGUGCUACACCGACAAAGGAAUAACCAUAUGGAGUGGUAAUGAUGAUGAAUGCCACGAUUCUAGGUGGAAAUAUGGCGCCACCGGAGUUAUUUCUGUGGCUAGCAACCUUAUUCCUGGUCUCAUGCACAGUCUGAUGUAUGAAGGUGAGAAUGCAACGCUAAAUGAGAAGCUGCUGCCUCUGAUGAAAUGGUUGUUUUGUCAGCCGAAUCCGAUUGCUCUCAACACUGCACUGGCUCAGCUUGGAGUGGUAAGGCCCGUCUUUAGAUUGCCAUAUGUACCUCUUGCUCUUGAAAAGAGGGUCGAGUUUGUCCGAAUUGUCGAAUCGAUUGGACGGGAAAACUUCGUGGGUGAGAAAGAGGCACGGGUUCUUGAUGACGACGAUUUUGUGUUGGUCAGUAGGUACUAAUACGUAAGUUAUGCAAGCCUAGUGUACGUUGAAGAACAUCGCUAGAGUUACAGUAUGGUAGUCUGCAAUCUUCCCUGUAGAAUUUUCAGCACCUUUUGAUCAGGCGUGAUCGGUUUUAUGAGUGUAAUGGGAACCAAAAUCAGGCUUAUCUGUACCUUAAAUCACAGUUCUAUUGAGAAUAAGCUAAGAGAUCAUGUACAUUAUCCUUGUUCCUAAAUGUGCUUCCUUUUAGUUAUACUCCUAUUUUAUUUGAACAGU